UUUUAAAAGUACCACCUUUCUCCCUUUUUUAAGUUAAAGUGUUAUAACAUGGCAGAAAGUAUUUUGGACUUUAGUAAAGAGCUGGACGUUGCACUUUUAGAUCAAGUAGUAAUGACCUUUUAUACUGGGUCAGGUACUGAUCAACAAAGAGCUCAACAGCUAUUAACCCAGUUUCAAGAUCACGAAGAAGCAUGGACUCGUGCCGAUGGCAUUCUCGAACACUCCAAAGUAACUCAGACAAAGUUUAUUGCCCUUACAAUUUUAGAAAAGUUUGUUCAAACUAGGUGGAAUACAUUACCGAAAGAUAGUCGAAAUGCUAUCCGUUACUUUAUUGUCAAUGUCAUUAUCAAGGUCUCUUCUGACGAGGCAACAUUAAAGAAAGAACACACUUAUAUAAACAAGCUAAAUAUGGUUUUGGUCCAGAUUCUGAAACAAGACUGGCCUCGUAAUUGGCCAUCAUUUAUUCCAGAAAUUAUCAGUUCAAGCAAGUCCAAUUUGACAUUAUGCGAAAAUAACAUGGCCAUAUUGAAGCUUUUAAGUGAAGAGAUUUUCGAUUAUUCUGCUGAACAAAUGACACAAUUAAAAACAUCCAAUCUUCGCCAAUCUAUCUGUAAUGAGUUCUCUGAAAUCUUUCGUUUGUGCAAAGAGGUUCUGGAAAAGGCAACAAAACCCAGUUUGAUCAAAGCAACUUUGGAGACUUUAUUGAGAUUUCUGAGUUGGAUCCCUCUAGGUUAUAUCUUUGAGACAGAUCUACUUCAGUUACUGGAAAGGUUCUUUGAAUCUCAAACAUAUCGAAAUGUCACGCUUAAAUGUUUGACCGAAAUAGGUAGUUUAUCAGUAGGAAGUAAUUACGGUCAAAAAGUCGUCUCUCUCUUUACGAGUGUCAUGACCACUGUGAAUAAUAUGAUACCUCCUAGUACUGAUAUUUGCGCUGUCUAUGAAAACAGUAGCGACGAUGAUCAGGAAUUUGUUCAAAAUUUAGCAUUAUUCUUGACCAGUUUCUUGGGUUCCCAUGCUAAGACAAUUGAAGAUUCACCAAAUAGCUACGAACUACUGAUUAAUUCACAUUGUUACCUUAUCAAAAUAUCUCGCGUAGAAGAUCGUGAAAUAUUCAAGAUUUGCUUGGAAUAUUGGGCUAAAUUAGUCAAAGAGUUAUUUGAAGAAAGAUUCAGAGAACAACUUGAAGAAUUUUCAUCUUCAGGUUAUGUUCAGGAUUCACCUAAUUCCAGACCAAGAAAAGAUUUAUACAAACAAGUCUUAUCUAGCUUACGUGUAGUGAUGAUUGAGAGAAUGGUAAAGCCAGAAGAGGUCCUGAUCGUCGAAAACGACGAGGGAGAAAUUGUUCGUGAAUCAAUGAAGGAGAGCGAUACCAUUGUUCUCUACAAGAGUAUGAAGGAAGUGUUGGUCUAUCUGACAAACUUUGAUGUAGCAGACACAGAAAACAUCAUGACCAUAAAAUUGGCGAAACAGAUGGACGGUAGUGAAUGGUCCUGGCAAAAUAUCAAUCAGCUUUGUUGGGCUAUCGGCUCUAUUUCUGGUGCCAUGAAUGAAGAUACAGAAAAAAGAUUCUUGGUCACUGUCAUCAAGGAGUUAUUGAGCCUUGUAGAAAUGAAGCGCGGAAAGGAUAAUAAAGCAGUAGUUGCAUCCAAUAUUAUGUAUACUGUAGGUCAAUAUCCUCGUUUCUUGAAAGCACAUUGGAAGUUUUUGAAGACUGUCAUCAAUAAGCUCUUUGAAUUUAUGCACGAGUCCCAUGAAGGUGUUCAAGAUAUGGCUUGCGAUACCUUUAUUAAAAUCUCUCAGAACUGUAAACGCCAUUUUGUAGUACAGCAGAACGGUGAAGUGCGACCGUUUGUAGAAGAAAUUAUUGAAGCUACAGAUCGAAUCACAUCAGAACUCUCUCCCCAGCAAAUACACACAUUUUAUGAAGCGGUUGGUUAUAUGAUCUCUGCACAAACAAAUGAAGUGGUGCAAGAAAGAUUAAUUUCAAAUUUUAUGGCUAUGCCGAACGCUGCGUGGAAUAGUAUCAUGGAAAGUGCAAGACAAAACAGUCAAGAACUAAAUAACCCAAAUCAGAUAAAAGUACUCUCCAAUGUCCUGAAAACCAAUGUGUCAGCAUGUCUAUCUGUAGGUCCUGGAUUUAUUCACCAACUGAGUCGAAUUUACAUGGAUCUCUUAACUUUAUAUCGAACCAUUGGCGCCAUUGUGUCACAGAACGUCACCGAACAAGGUCCGGUUGCGGUGAAAACUCCUAAAGUUCGCGGUUUAAGAACGAUUAAGAAGGAUAUACUUAGAUUGAUCGAUACUUAUGUCGAAUGCGCUAUUGAUUUGGAUACAAUUAAUAGAAACAUGAUUGAUCCUUUCUUUGAGGUGGUCCUGACUGAUUAUCGGAAUAACGUGGAUAUUGCCAGAGAUCAUGAAGUAUUGAAUGCAAUUGCCACCAUGGUUAUUAAAUUAGGGCCCAUGAUGACACCUCGUAUAGCUACUGUAUUCCAAGCUACAUUUGAGCCUACAUUGGAUAUGAUUACAAAGGACUUUGCCGAAUUUCCCGAGAUUCGUACUGGUUUUUACAACAUGUUACGCGCUAUUAACGCAAAGUGUUUCCCUGCCUUGCUUGAACUCGCUCCCGCACAAUUCAAACUGUUUAUUGAUAGUAUCGUUUGGGGAUUUAAGCAUACUAUGCGUGAUAUUGCAGAUAUUGGACUUGCUACAUGUGAAGAGAUUAUCAACAAUAUCAGUCGCUCAGACCCUAAUAUUGCAGGUGCAUUUUAUCAAGCUUACUAUUUGAGUAUACUCCAAGACAUUUUCUUUGUGUUAACAGAUCGUGAUCAUAAGAGCGGUUUCAAGGGACAGACAGAAGUUUUGGCUAGGUUAUUUAAUCUUGUUACAAGUAAUCAAAUCCAAGUACCCUUAUUUGAUCCUGCCCAGGUUUCAGAUGCUAAUAUGACCAACGCACUGUUCUUGAAGGAAUACGUAUCUGCUUUACUUCAGAAUGCAUUUCCCCAUCUGCAAAGCAAUCAAAUUAAAAUUUUUGUGAUGGCCAUGUUAGAAUACAAUACUACACCGCCCAAAUUCAAGUUGGAGGUACGCGAUUUCCUUAUUCAACUCAAGGAAUUUGCGGGUGAAAAUGCUGAAUUGUUCCUUGAGGAAAAGGAAGCCGAAAUGGAAGCAAAAAGACAGCGGGAAAGAGAGAAGGCGUUACUCAUUCCUGGUAUGAUUAAACCUUCAGAUCUGCCUGUCAUGGAAGAAGAUGAAGCACUUUAAUGUUUGUUUUUCUUUUUUUUACAGAUCUCUUUUUUUUUUAUAUGUCAGUCUUAAAUUACGGAAGAACCAAUAAGGAAGAACGAUUUAUUUUCGUAUGUAAAAUAAUAAAUUUAGACAUAUUACAAUUAGCUAUAGUUCAGUUAUGAU